AUGAAAAUUCUUCUGUGUCUUCUAUUUAUUGGUGUAAAUAAAUUUUCAUUGGGAUUAAAUAAACAUUGGCUGCCAAAUCAAGAAUGGAAUAGUGAAUAUAAUUGGGCGGAGGGACGUGUUCCAGAUUUAGGAAGUCAUAUAAUUUUUCCCCUUGAAAUGAGAAAUGUUGUUGGUCUCCCGCCUGAGGGUGAAUUACGAAUGUCGACAAUAAAUUUACCAGCUGAUGGUGUCUUGAUUCUGGCAAAAAAUGGAGGACUUCAGAUAGUUGAUAAAUUGGAAAAAAAUGAAAAAAUUGGAACAUGGUCAAAGAAAGGACCAUUAUUUUGGGCUGAUCCACAAAAUUGGAAUUCGACAUCAGAAGCUGUUCCACAUUUGGAGAGAAUUCCCUGUCAAGUAGAUAUGGUUGUUCUUCCAUCUGAGAAUCGAGUUUUUAAUAUUCAUUUGCCUAUGCAAGGAGUCAAGGUCAAAGGGGUUUUAUUAGACAGCAAGGAAAUUCCAUUAUCUGAAUGGAAUUAUCAUUUGGACGAUAAGGAAUUUUCAAGUACAAGAAGAACAGUCCGUUACAGCGAAUUAACGAGUUGUGAACGUUGCUUAUGUCAAGAGGGAAAACAAGAAGAUUAUCUUGAAGAAGUUUGUGAUAUACAAAGGCCAAGAUGUGGAUAUCCAAAAUGUGAAAACCCAUUAAAGGUGGAAGGACAUUGUUGUCCUUAUUGUGGCGCACGUUUAUCAUUUUCGAGCAUUGUUUAUACUCGUUCUCUAAGUCGAUUUACAAAUGAAGCACUGAAAUCGUAUCACACUUCAAUUUCCUGGUACAUAAGAACGACGUGGGAAGGUGGAGUGGAAGUUCUUAUAGCAGAAAAAGGCCAAUAUACUGGAGAAGGCAGCUUGGAAGCCUUGAGAACUUUGGAAUCCUACUUGAUAGAUGAGGGCGUUCAAGUGUUGAAGACUGAGAACUCUGGAGGACCUGUAAAUGAUAAUCGACUUGCUGGAGUGUUGGGGCCCAUAUUUGGUGGUCUUAUUUUCGCCCUUAUUUCCCUCACGAUUGUAUUUCUUUACAAUGGAUAUUCCUAUUUACAAAUACUGCAAGGAACAAGAGAAAUUUGGUUUUCAAUUCGUGAGGGCUUUCAAAGUGACAAUGCGAAGGGAAACUCUUAUAAGUUCGCACGCUUUCAGAAUUUUUCCGAAGGAGGUGUACAAUUGUCAGGAAGUGAUAAGUUGGAGGAUGACAAUGAACCCACUUCUUCAGGUGGAAGAUUUGAGAAUCCAUUGUACAAAUCAAGAAGAGAGUCGAAAAAGGAGUUGGGUGUAGAAAAAAUUAAGGAAAUAGACUUUAAUUCGCCGGUGAGUUUAAUGUCGUUAAGCAAUCAAAUAGAAGGGCGGGAGAAUUUAGAAGAAUUAGAAUUGACGAAAGAAGAAAUAUCGGAAAGCGAGCAAUAAUAAAUUUAUAAAGUUCCGCUCUUCGUAAAUUUUACUCCCUAAAAAAUUAUAAAUUAAAAAAUUAAUUUAUGAAAUAAAAUCCUCUCAAUGAACGAAAAUAUCACCCAGAAAGGUUAUUUUUAAAGACUAACAAUAAAUAAAUCACAUUUUCUCUUGUCACACGUGUUUAUUGUUAAUAAAUUGUUAUCAGACAAAAGUCAUUCAAACUGUUUUUUUUUUCUUCUUUUUUUUCAAAGAGAUAUACACACACGUGAUAAUGAUCACGUGACAAACAAAAAAACUUACACAUACAAGUCCCAUUUUACUCUUAAUAUUCAUAUUUAUAAUAAUAAAUUCACGAAAUGCAUUAUACACUAUUUCUUAUACGUGUAUAAAAUAUAUACUUUCCAUGCGCUAUGAUGAAGAAGAAGAAGAAGAAGAAUAAUAAUAAUAAUCAAUAUACGUGAUGGUAAAAGUUCACAUCUACUCGAAAAUUUUAUUUUUUUUUUACAAUUCACAUCGUAUUAACUUAUUAAAAUAUUGCUUAGCGACAUAAAAAAUCAUUAAAUUCGUUAUGUACAAUAAAGAUACAAGUAGAUAAAUAUCUAUGUAUCGCAAAACACAAUAAUGUAUUACUAAAAAUGGUUCAUAAAAUA